GCACACCCCACUUCGCUCCUUCCUCCACCAAACCCUAGCCUCACUGCCAAGGAUUUGGGUCUCCGGGAAGAAGAGAAACCCUAGAAUUCCCCCCCUCUGCAACAAUGGGUAUUUCUCGAGAUUCCAUGCACAAGAGGCGUGCCACUGGAGGCAAGAAGAAGGCGUGGAGGAAGAAGAGAAAGUAUGAGCUUGGGAGACAACCUGCUAGCACAAAACUAUCCAGCAACAAAACAGUUCGGAGAGUUAGAGUGAGAGGUGGGAAUGUGAAAUGGCGUGCACUGAGGCUUGACACUGGGAACUACUCUUGGGGCAGUGAGGCUGUGACCAGGAAAACUCGAAUCUUGGAUGUGGUUUACAAUGCAUCAAACAAUGAGUUAGUUCGUACCCAAACAUUGGUGAAGAGUGCCAUUAUUCAGGUUGAUGCAGCACCAUUUAAGCAGUGGUAUCUCCAACACUAUGGCCUUGACAUUGGUCGCAAGAAGAAAGCCUCAGCCACUGCCAAGAAAGAAGGAGAGGAAGGUGAUGGUCCUGCUGAGGAGACAAAGAAGAGCAACCAUGUGGUGAGAAAAUUAGAGAAGCGUCAACAGGAGCACAAACUUGACCCACAUAUCGAAGAGCAAUUUGGUAGUGGCCGGUUGUUGGCUGCAAUCUCAUCCCGUCCUGGUCAGUGUGGCCGUGCUGAUGGAUACAUCUUGGAAGGCAAGGAGCUUGAGUUCUACAUGAAGAAGAUCCAGAGGAAGAAGGGGAAGGGCUCUGCUGCUUAAAAUUUUGUUACCUGAGUUUCGUAUUUGGAAUCAGAGUUUUCAUUUCUCUUCAUAUCUUUUUACCCUCUUUAGGUAAUGGACUCCAGUUGAGAUCGACCAGUAACUUGGACUAUUUCUUGUUUUACCAAUGGAUGUUUAAAUUAGAAUAUUUUAUUGGUGUUUUGUUUUGAUCAAUGAUCAUACUACUGGUAUUGAACAUUUCAUUUCCGUUAGUUAUUUGCUGC